CGGCCAUGAUUUCUCUGGUCCUGCAAAACAGAGACUUACUGUCGAGCUAAGAUAUGUGAGCUAAGUCUGCUGGAAAAAUUGACUUAUUAGAACCAAACCGUGUUAGGUAACAGGUUGCCCACAGCUCUGAUUUACAUGAUGUAGUCAGUCGACAAACAGGGAGGCGACGCGGCAGCCUGGUGUUCUGCUCCACGUGGGCUGGGAGCGUUUAUCCAAGAGAAGGCGCAUGUUUACGAAUGUAAACACAGAGUGCGCGGAAUAAAGUCUUUUCCGGGCCACUUCCAAAGAAUCAGAGUUGUAAGGCAGUUUGGUAUGUUACCAUGGAAGGACAACAUAACCACCCCCAUCAUCUCGGGGACCAGAACAGCCCUCUGUGCAAGCUGCCAGGACAAGAGUAUCAGCAUGAUCCUCAGCAGAGACAUUUAACGUCGUACCCGUAUCGCUGCACGUUGGCAGAUUUUCAGAUAGAGAAGAAGAUUGGACGAGGGCAGUUCAGCGAAGUUUACAAAGCAACUUGUCUUCUGGACAGAAAACCUGUGGCAUUAAAGAAAGUUCAGAUUUUUGAAAUGAUGGAUGCCAAGGCUAGACAAGAUUGCAUUAAGGAAAUUGACCUCUUGAAGCAACUGAACCACCCCAACAUAAUUAAGUAUUUGGAUUCCUUUAUCGAAGACAAUGAGCUCAACAUUGUCCUGGAACUGGCAGAUGCUGGUGAUCUCUCUCAGAUGAUUAAGUAUUUUAAAAAGCAGAAACGGUUAAUCCCGGAAAGGACGGUGUGGAAAUAUUUUGUGCAGUUAUGCAGUGCAGUUGAACACAUGCACUCCCGCAGGGUGAUGCACAGAGACAUAAAACCAGCCAAUGUGUUUAUAACAGCCACAGGGGUGGUGAAGCUGGGAGAUCUUGGAUUAGGCCGGUUUUUUAGUUCUAAAACCACUGCAGCACAUUCCUUAGUGGGAACUCCAUACUAUAUGUCCCCAGAAAGAAUACAUGAAAAUGGCUAUAACUUUAAAUCCGAUAUCUGGUCUUUGGGCUGUUUAUUGUACGAGAUGGCAGCUCUUCAGAGUCCUUUCUAUGGAGAUAAAAUGAACCUGUUUUCUCUUUGCCAAAAAAUAGAGCAAUGUGACUACCCACCUCUUCCAGCCGAACAUUAUUCUGAAAAGCUACGGGAACUGGUCAGCAUGUGCAUAUACCCUGAUCCAGAUCAAAGACCUGACAUUGGUUACGUGCACCAAAUAGCAAAACAAAUGCAUGUUUGGACCUCCAGCACUUGAACCAUCUGCAAAUACUCUCAGAAAGCCAGCACAGCUUAGUCUUACUUGAAUUUUUUUUCUCAGAUGAAACCGACUGGUGCCUAGUCACACAAGUGAGAGGGUUGAGCACUCAUAGCAAGAUGCUCCAUUAUUUCUGCAGGUUAUUUGACAAGGACUCUUACAAGGUGGUCAUGCUUUAAAGUGAAGAUUCUGUGAGGUAUUGCAAGUGAUUUUUUUUUUUUUUUAAGC